UGUGUGCCUGUAUAGAAGCCAGGGCUUUGCUGCCUAGCUCCAACAUGGAUAAUGUACUUCCUGUGGACGCAGACCUCUUCCCCAACAUCUCCACCAACACUUCUGAGUCCAACCAGUUUGUGCAACCUGCCUGGCAAAUUGUCCUUUGGGCCGUUGCCUACACGGUCAUCGUGGUGACCUCCGUGGUGGGCAAUGUGGUGGUGAUGUGGAUCAUCUUGGCCCAUAAGAGAAUGAGGACAGUGACCAAUUAUUUCCUGGUGAACCUGGCUUUUGCUGAGGCCUCCAUGGCUGCAUUCAAUACGGUGGUGAACUUCACCUACGCCGUCCACAACGAGUGGUACUAUGGUCUCUUCUACUGCAAGUUUCACAACUUCUUUCCCAUUGCUGCUGUCUUCGCCAGCAUCUACUCCAUGACUGCUGUGGCCUUCGACAGAUACAUGGCCAUCAUUCACCCCCUCCAGCCCCGGCUGUCGGCCACCGCUACCAAAGUGGUCAUCUUUGUCAUCUGGGUCCUGGCUCUCCUGCUGGCCUUUCCACAGGGCUACUACUCUACCACGGAGACUAUGCCCAGCAGAGUCGUGUGCAUGAUCGAGUGGCCGGAGCAUCCCUACAGGACUUACGAGAAAGCGUACCACAUCUGUGUGACCGUGCUGAUCUAUUUCCUGCCGCUGCUGGUGAUUGGCUAUGCAUACACUGUGGUAGGGAUCACACUGUGGGCCAGCGAGAUCCCGGGAGACUCCUCCAACCGUUACCAUGAGCAGGUUUCUGCCAAGCGCAAGGUGGUCAAAAUGAUGAUUGUGGUCGUGUGUACCUUCGCCAUCUGCUGGCUGCCCUUCCAUAUCUUCUUCCUCCUGCCCUACAUCAACCCAGAUCUCUACGUUAAGAAGUUCAUCCAGCAGGUCUACCUGGCCAUCAUGUGGCUGGCCAUGAGUUCCACCAUGUACAACCCCAUCAUCUACUGCUGCCUCAAUGACAGGUUCCGUGUGGGCUUCAAACAUGCCUUUCGAUGCUGCCCCUUCAUCAGUACUGGUGAUUAUGAGGGGCUGGAAAUGAAAUCCACCCGAUACCUCCAGACCCAGGGCAGCGUGUACAAGGUGAGCCGCCUGGAGACCACCAUCUCCACUGUGGUGGGAGCCCAUGAAGAGGAGCCAGAGGAAGGCCCCAAGGCCACCCCCUCAUCCCUGGAUCUCACCUCCAAUGGCUCUUCUCGCAGCAACUCGAAGACCAUGACAGAAAGCUCCAGCUUCUACUCUAACAUGCUGGCCUAGGCAGAGGGCACAUUUCAAGGGUGUAGCCACCAGCCCAUCCUGUGUCCUGAUUCAUUUAUUCAUGAAAGUCUUUGAUCUGGAAUCCAUUGGAAAUACCCGAACACUGGAGCUUUUGGAAAGGGUCACAAUAGUUUAAGGAAAACAUUCCAUGCUGUAUUCAAUCUGGAUUCCUUCCUGUCCUUGUCCACCAUCCUCCAUGACUGUGACCCAAGGCAGGUCAAUGAACUUGUAUAAAAUGAGAAGGCUGGACUUGAUCCCCUACAGUGCAUCCCAUGAUUCCUGAACUGACUUCAUCUGCAUGCAGGUGCUCAUUUGGGAAGUUGUGCUGCAGUUGUAAAUCCAGCAGACCUACCUGCCUGGAGCUUCUGUCUUUCUUCAGUAAAGUCAUGCUCAGCCAUGUGCAGACUAGCUGACACCACUCCAGCCUUCCACAAGACCGUGUGAAUAAGAGAAGGUGCCACAUAAAUCCAAAUGAAAGCUGUAUCCCUCAGCUAAGCACACAUGAAUAGAAAACACAUAUCCUCCUUUUUGUGACAUCUCAAUAUUUCAGUUCAUGUAAACAUCAUGGGAUGAACAAUGUGCCCUUUUCUGCAUUGUGUCCCCAAUGCAACCAAUUCUGACGGAAUAUGUCUACAGAGGCCACCUGAUGUGUAUUCUAACCAAGAGCCAAGAGACCCAUGCCAGGCUUGACCUAUCUGGGCCUCUUUCCAUCUAUGUAAAGCAAUAGGCUGAACCAAAUACUCUAAGUAUCCUUUUGAGUCUCAGUGUUCCAUGAUUUAAUGAUGUAUAUGCUUUACCUCUCUCUCUCUCUCUCUCUCUCUCUCUCUCUCUCUCUCUC